CUCACUCUUCACUGCAAUCUUCAAAGGCUACGCGCUGCCCCUCGGCAUCGCGAGACCUCGCCUCCACACACAGGUCCUUGAGUCGUCUAGCGGCUUUCUCGGCCUCAUCCCAGCCGACUUCCUCCACGGGAUCUCGGUUGGCCUGGUGCUCCGUGGUGAUAGUGGCGAGGGCUCCGUCAAGCGUUUUCUCUACGCCGGCGCGCUUCGUGAGGAUCUCCUGCGUGGAUUGGUUGCACUUGGGGCUCAUGAAUGCCAGAUGGCUGAGCACUAGUGCCACAAACCUGCACAGAGACAGACAGACACACAGACAGACAGACAGACAGACAGACAAGCAGGCAGAGACAUGCGAUCGUGCACACAGCUUUUCGCGUCUCACUUUAUGAGGCCUGUGUGUGUGGGAUGCUCCUCCAUGGCCGAGAUCAAUAGCUCUAUACCCUGUCAGUGUCUCAAGCAGGGAUAAGUAAGGCUACCUACUGCAUGCCUCUCAUUCCUGACCUCACCUCAUUCUCGAUGAUUUUGUGGUGACCAAGAUCGACCCUGAUGCACAAACUGCGUGCACACAGAGACACGACCCCACAAUAAUAUGAUGCGCCUCGAGGGCGGCAUAAGGGAUGAGUGGCCGUGUUGUCCGUCUGUCUGCCUCAAGGUGAGUCUACCUACCAGUAUAAGAGUUGGGCGACUGCGUUGCACACCUUGCCGUCCUCGACAAAUCUCCUCAGCCCAGUGAGGACCCUGACCAGCCCGUCGUCCUUCAGCAGCUUGGCACGCAGAGUCGAAUCAUUGGCCGAGAUGGCUGCAAUCGCAUGGCAGCCCAACCCAAAGACGUCCUUGUCGUUCUGAUGCACACGCAUGGCCUCCAUUAUGUGACCUAUCAGUCAAGGGUGAGACAGGAAAGAAACUCAGUGUGAUUGGGUGCAAUUGAUCAGGCAGGCGCAACAUGUACGUCUCGUUACCGAGAGCCAGCUUGUUGUCGAGGCUCUGGACGCCGUCCUCCUCAAGCCCGAUGAUGGACAGCAGCUUUGACAAGCUCUGUUGGACCUUCGGGUCAUGCUUGUGGAACCCCACUAGCUCCAGCAUGAAGCUCAGAUCUUUUCGAAAACUCACUCGGGUCACGUGCCGGCGAUUCGCCCUACUCUUGAAGCACAUUCUGAGCCGACGGACAGACAGACAGACAGACGUGACCUCCUGUCUGUCUAACUGAUGCCAUGCUCACGUACUUGGCGAUCGCAAGUAGGCAUAGAUGGACCACUCGACCGCUCACCACACCAUAUUUUCGCGCCACUUCAGCGAUUGCGGGAAAACACACGCCCAGCUCUGGUCAUAGAGAGCACAAGACAUGAUGUUAGCAAACAGGCGUCUUCGUGAGACGCCUCGCACCUUCAGCUUUUGGGCCAUUCGUCGAGGCCUCGAUGAUCUUCUUGAGAGCCGACUCAAUGAUGGGAAAGUCUCGGUCAAGGUCUCCUGUGUGGCAGAGACGUUCAUGCAGAGGAAAGCAUUUGUGUGUCUCUCUUUUGCUGCUGGUCGGUACCUGUGAGGCUUCUGAGGUUGGCCAUGAUUGCGUUUGGCAGUUGGAUGUUGUCAAUGUCCAUCUCAUCUAGCUUGGAUGCUGUAGCGCAAGCCGCUCUAACAUGCGACUGUUCCUGACAGACCACCGUAGGCAGGCAACAAGGGGCAGAGCAUCGCAAAUGAGACACAUCCUCUACAUCGAUCGAUCAAUCGCUUCCAAGACUGCCUGAAUCACCACAUUGGCGCUGCGAUGACCCAUUGUGGUUGAUGAGCUCGCCUCCUGACGCUUCAAAGUUGUACCGUUGCUGUGAUAGAACAGACGCAGGUGACAGAGUGUGAGCACAUGUACUCUCUCUCUCUCUCCAACUCACCUAUGGGUAUCUGCAAAAACGAUGAUCUUGUCUUUCGCAGAGGCCGGCAGGGAGCGCAGUUCGCCGUCUACUACUGUGGCAUAUCCUCCAUGGCCGUCAGCAUACACUGGGCAGCCGUCCAGCAGACCAACCGCCCGAGACCGCCUGUCGGGCUCCUGCACAAAACAAACACACAACCAUGGUUCGUUGACCUGUCUUCCCCUCUGUAUCGGUGUGUGGUCAGUCACCUCUGCCAGACAGCCUCCCGACGGCAUCCUUGCGUCCGAGAGGCUCUCGGUGUCAACGGGCGGCCGGCCCGGCCCGCCACUGCCCCGAUGGACGAUUCGCUGCAUCCCGCCAACCAAUCAGAAAGUGAGACCUGCACGCACCGCAGGAUGACACGACAUCCCACAUGAAUCAGAUUCAGAGCGGUGCCGUGCCUGUGUCUGAUCUGAAUCAUCUGACCGUCUGUCGGUGGGCCGUGUGCGGGAUCUGGUGGUUUCAGAGGAGGGGGC